AUGUUUCGGACGACAAGGAAGCUCAUGAUGGCACUAAGAACUCUUUCCGCAAAGAACGCCGCCGAGCUCGACAAGGAGCUCAUGAGCAGCGGGGCCUUCUCUAUUGACCAACUGAUGGAGUUGGCUGGCCUUUCAGUGUCCCAAGCCGUAUUCAAGCUCCAUCCAGUCAGCAAGGGCAAGCGCAUCCUCGUGGCUUGCGGGCCGGGCAACAACGGCGGCGACGGUCUCGUGGCUGCCCGCCACCUCCACCACUACGGCUACGAACCUACCGUCUACUACCCCAAACAGAGCAAGAACGAGCUGUACCAGCGGCUCCGGACGCAGCUCGAGGACCUGAAGGUGCCUUUCACGGACGACUUCGACGCCUCGCUCGGCGCUUCCGACUUCAUCGUCGACGCCAUCUUCGGCUUCAGCUUCAGCGGCGAGGUGCGCGAGCCCUUCCCCAGCGUCAUCGAGGCCCUGCGCGACACCAAGGUGCCCGUGCUCGCCGUCGACGCGCCGUCGAGCUGGAACAUCGAGUCCGGCCCGCCCGAAUCCGGCCCGGGAAAGGGCUUCAACCCGCCGGCAUUGAUCAGCUUGACGGCCCCGAAGCCGCUGGUGAAGUGGUUCAAGGGCAGGCAUUUCCUUGGUGGGAGGUUCCUGAGCAAGGCUGUGGCGGAGAAAUACAGCUUGGAUAUUCCCCCCUACGAGGGUAUUGAUCAGGUUGUUGAAGUACCGGUAGAGGGACAGAAGCUGUAA